GCAGCGCCCACCGGGCUCCCCGGGCUGGGAGGCCCUGCUCCUAGGGCCCCGCUCUGGGGAUCACGCCCCUCUGACCCGGCUCUCAGAGCCUGACGUGCGCGGAGGCGGUCCGACUCACACGGAGAUCAGAGGCCACGGGACCCUGGAGCCCUGGGCUUCCCUCGGCCUGGCUGUCCAGCUGCUAGGAAUGGUAACAAGCCUUGAGUCGGGAAGAUCCAUGCUCGUCCUACGCAUCUCAGCACCAUUCAGACCGCUGGGUGGUUUACCAAACAUUGCCUGGGAGAGGCUUCCACCGUUGUAAUGGUCUAUAAAUAACCUACAGUAUCUCCAAGGCAUGCCUGUAUAGUUUUCUGGGAAGGAAAUUAUGACUGCCUGAGUUAAAUUCACAUGCUCACACCUUGUCCAAUCAGCUAUAGCUAGAUUGAGAGAUAUUUGUGUGAAGACCAAAGAUGGCAACCAGGAGCUCAACCCUGGAUAACCCUGGGCAUUUAGAGUAGCGAGCACUUCUCAGAAAAGAAAAGGAGUCAAUUUUUUCUCUAUAGUUUCUAGACCAUAUCUUAAUUAAAAUGGCAAGAAGAUAUCCUUUAAGAAUGGAGGCCAGAGCAUUAGGGGCUGUGCAAAUAAUUCUUACCCUGUUUCACUAUGCACUGGGCGCUCUCUCUGCUUCCUUGUUUUUCGAAGAGGAUAUAAGAGACACUGGCGAUGUCCCUGUAUUACUUCCACUAGGGUACAUAGUGUGGUCAGCGCCAUUUUUCCUCAUCUCAGGGUCCAUGGCCAUCAGCGCACAGAAGAAGCCCACACGAUAUAAGCUUACAUCUACCAUUGUCAUGAGCAUCUUUAGCGCCUGCUUUUCUGCAUUUGGUUCAAUUAUAUUAUGUAUUGCGUGUUUCUCUUAUGCUGCAGAAAUGAAAGAGUAUGUUUGGUCACAGUUAGCUGGUGGUAUGCUUUUACAGUAUUUACUCUUCAGCAGUGUCACAGAACUGAUUGUUGUAAGCAUAAUCGUGUCCUGGAUUGUGCGAGCAUUGCAUCAUCCAGCAUCCAAAGAAGAAAGUAAGUAGCUUUGUUUCUGGCUGACAGAUCAAGAUAAA